AUGCAUGGACAUACAUUGGCGUAUACAAAAAUUAUUGCAGCUCCCACAUUGCUAAAGCUAGCGGAUCGCACCAGCAUACGCUUUGUGGAGGCAAAUAAUGCGGCGACCGUUGUCUACACCGAGGAGAAGUUGAUUCUGCUCUUCUAUGCGGAUAAGCCAAGGACAAUCAAGACACCGAAUUAUGAGCAUCUAAAGAGCAUCUCUGUUAUGGGUGGUCAUAUAAAAAACUCCACAAAAGGCUCUGCGGCGGCUUUAAAGCUGUUGAUGUUAACUGAAACGAAUGUGGUCUUUCUUUGGUAUGAGAAUACGCAACAGUUCUACAGAUGCAUCUUCGCGCCCAUUCGCAUGCCACAAAUCAAGCGCAUCUUGUACAAAUGCAAUCAGGUGCUGCUGCUCUCCAUGGAUGGCUGCGUUUAUCGUGGUAAAUGCCACCAGCUGGCUUUGCCCGCCAGUUCUCAAGAGAAAUCUAAGCCCAAUUUGGAUAUAUGGCAAAAUAAUGACCAGCAUCGCACAGAAAUCUCUAGGGAACAUUACAUUCGCAUCGAUUUGCAGCGUGUGCCAAAUGUGGAUCGUGUUGUGGACAUUGUGUGCGAUGAGAGCUUCGUCUCGUUUGCAGUGCUUCAAGAAUCGCAUUUGAAAUACUUUCGAAAACCCGCUUUACCCAGACGUGAGCACAGCUUUAAGAAACUUUACCAUGACACCAGUGAAGCGGAUGCUGUGCAUGAUUUAGUCUUUCAUGUGGAUGGCGAACGCUUUGCGGCCCAUAAGUUCAUAGUCUUUGGACGUGCUCCCGGCUUGAGAGAACUCAUACGCGCGUAUUUGGAUAAGAAUAUCUAUUUAAAUUUUGAGAAUCUAACGGGCAAAAUGUUCGAAGUGGUGCUGAAGCAUAUCUACACAAAUUAUUGGCCCACAGAGGAGGACAUUGACUGCCUGCAGCAGAGCUUGGGCCCUAGCAAACCAGCAAAGCGCAGUCGCGUCUGCGAAAUGUUCCAUGCACAUCUGGAAAAGUUCCAACUACAUGAGCUGGCCAAAUAUGUCAACAACUACCUCACCGAGCAGCAAUUCCCCAUGCCACCGCGGCAGCGUUUGAAUCGUCUGCAACGCUCGCAAUAUCCAGAGCUCUACGAUGUGCGCAUUGUCUGCGAGGAUAAUCAAGUGCUAGAAGCGCACAAAUGCAUUCUAGUUGCGCGUCUCGAAUACUUUGAAAUGAUGUUCAUGCACUCGUGGGCCGAGCGCACCACAGUUCACUUUGAUGGCGUACCCUUUGAGUACUUGGAGCCAGUGCUGGAUUAUCUCUAUAGCCUCGAUACGGAGGCAUUUUGCAAGCAGAACUAUACGGAAACGUUUCUGUAUAAUAUGAUUACGCUUUGUGAUCAGUAUUUCAUUGAAUCGCUGCAGAAUGUGUGUGAAUCCCUGAUUCUGGAUAAGAUUAGCAUUCGGAAGUGCGGUGAGAUGCUGGAAUUUGCCACGAUGUACAACUGCAAGCUGCUGCAGCAGGGCUGCCUCGACUUCAUCUGCCAGAAUCUGGCGCGUGUUCUUUGCUACCGCAGCAUCGAGCAGUGCGAGCCGAAUACACUGCAGCGACUCAAUGACCACUAUCGGGGAAUGUUUCAGUCGGUCUUCGAUUAUAGACAGAUCACGCCGUUUUCGGAAGCAAUUGAAGAUGAGCUGCUGCUCAGUUUUGUUGAUGGCUGCGAAGUCGAUUUGGAUUAUCGAAUGGAUGCGGAUGCCAAGCUAAAGGAGGCCAGCAAGCAAAAGCAGAAGGAGCUGCACAACAAACAGGAUGCACGUCAUUACGAACAGCAGGCCAUAUCCAGCAUGAUGCGUUCGCUGAGUCUAAGUGAAACAACAGGAGCAGCUCAAGCAACCACAGCCACAUCGCCCGAGUCAGCAGCGUCAGCAGCAAAUGAGGCUAAGAACUGGUCGCGCGUUGUGGACAAAAAGGAGCAAAAGCGCAAGCUGGCCGAGACGGCGCUCAAGGUCAACAGCGUGCUCAAGCAGGAGGAGCAGCCGUCGCCGGAGCUUGUGCCCAUAUCGCCACGUGCCAUGCAUAUAAAGGAAGCAACGCCUCCACCGCCGUCAGCUAACAGUUCAGCUGAGUGCAGCACGCCCUUGAGCAAGAGCUACAAUCUGGACUUAAGUUCCUUAAUGCCGCAGUCGGCUAAGCUGUCGCAGAAGCAGCGUAAGCGUCUCUCGUCCGAGUCGCAAAGCUGGCGGGCGCCAGUGGAGUUGAAUAGCUCCGCACCUGUGCCAGUGCCCAAUGCUUGGGGCGUCACAGCCAGCUCUCCGAGCUCAUCAUACGCCGAGCCGUUCAGCUCACCAGCUGCAGCUGCGACGGGCAGCAGCGCAGAUCCCACUUCGUUUGCCAAUAUGAUGCGUGGUGGCCAGGUAGCUAGUCCGCCUGAGCCCGGCAAUAGCUUCUCACAGAUCCUCGCCGAUGAGCGCCGUCAACGCGAGAGCUACGAACGCAUGCGCAACAAAUCGCUCGUUCACACUCAGAUCGAGGAGGCGGCCAUAGCCGAGCUGCGCGAAUUCUACAAUGUGGAUAACAUUGACGAUGAGACAAUUACCAUUGAGCGCAAGUCGAGGCCCAGCAAUAUUAAUUUUACCACCUGGCUGAAGCACUGAAGUCCCCAAAUAGUUGCUAGUACAUUUAUUUAGGUGUGUGUGCGUGUGUGUGUGUUAGUGUGUGUGCAUCUUAAAUGAAGUUAAGAUCUAGCCAGUUGCUUAGAAAUUCGUCUCAGAUGUAGAACUCGGAGCCACCUGCAAAGGUGCAUUAAGACUUCAGCAAUGCAAAAUUAAGAGAGGCUAACUUAAAGAAGUGGACAACACACAGCGGCUGUAGUACAGUGAACGCUCGGCAUGUAUAACUGCCCGAAAGAUCUAAGAUUUUUUUUACUGAUUAG